CAUUAUUCUACUGUACUACUCGAACUAUGAGAUCAUUGUUGAUUGAUAAGGGAAGUGUCAAUAACAUACCCAACGGCGGAUCACCUGAUUGGCUAAAGCAGCGGGGAAUGAGUGACGCAAGAGUGAAAGGGAGAGCUCAUCUCACCCCCAUCAUGCAACAAUAUCACCCCUUCUUUGGCAUCAGCUCCUUCAGUGAUUAAAUUAAUUCCUUAAAUCUCUUGCGGGAUAAUUCGGGUAGUCUACGGUGUACAGACUAGGACUUGAUAGUCCUUCGGUCUAUCGACCAGAGAAGUAGUACUCCCGUGGUCGACCAUGUCGCAAGAGACCGAGCCCCUCCUUCCUCGCUAUGAGGAGGACACGGCCCUCCAACGGCGAUUGCAUCAAAAGUUGCACUCGUUUCAGAUGCUACGUGCCCUUUCGGAGGGUUACAUGCCAUCUACCGACCAGGUCAUCAUUAAUCUUCGUACCUUGUUGGCCUCCGAUAUCCUGAACCAUCGUACCCAGGAUAUUGGCUCCGUCGGUCGCCAACUCAUCCGAGAUUGUCGUAUCUGGAUACAGGUCUUUAUUGAACUCCUACGCGACAAAAAUGGUGAUGAUAAACUCCAGGAAUUCUUGUGGCAUCUUUCCCGAUCUAGGGCGUCGCUUGACCCCGGUCAAAUUUCAGAGCAUGCCUCUCAUGUGAGGGCUAGGCAAGAUACCAAAGCUGCGUAUGAUAGCCUUCGCACCGUGGGAAGCCUUCUUCUCACCAAUGCCGACUUUCGUCUCUUUGUCGACGACCUAACCACUGUCGGCCGUCAGAUAUUCUCUGAUACUGCAUAUUUUCUAUCUGAUACUUCGAAGCAGGUUGGGAAACAGCUCGAGCCAUCACAAGAAGAGGUCAAUGCGGUACAGGGUGCAAAUGCAGAUGAGGGCCCGGCCCCAUCAGCUGAGGAGCUACGCCAGGAGGUGGGCGAGGUGGCGGAGGCUGCCGGCAAUGGAGCCGUUCGCACUGGACAGGAGGCAAUUAAAAGUGCCAAAGAACAUCUGAAGGGAGAGGAAAAGGAUACCUUGAUCUAUCGUUUGAAGCAAGCCGUCCUGAAACUGAGAGAACGAUCGGACUAUUCGGACUCGGUCGCCACCCUCGCUACAUUGGUCCAGCGAUACGCAAAGACCUACGCCAGUGCGGCUUCGGAUAUAAUCACAACGGCAGAGGAGGAGGUUGAGGUCAAUGAAGAUCUGAAGCAGGCGACGCAACAAUUCUGGACUUUGCUUCAGUCACUAGGUGACGCCGAGCAAUGGAAGGCUCUGGAACAAAGAUUCCAACGUCUGUUGCAGCAUGCAAAUAAAGACCCAGAAUUCGAGAAAUUGAUGGGAGAAUUGGGCUCUUCAGUACAGGACAUGCUAACCGACCCCGGUUUCUUCGAUUCUGCCUCGGAAAGAUUCAGCGAGCUCGAAGAAAAAACCAAGCAAGUGAGCAUCAAGUCCAACCUGCGCCAUGAUGUGGAUGCCUUCCUGGCACAGGCCAAACGGGCCUUGCGUACAGUCCCUGAAGAUGCUGCGAUAACGAAACUAAUAGACGCCACCAACAAGCUAUACAAAGAUGCCUGGGAUGGUUACUAUGAAAGGAAGAGUGAACUGCCUUCGGACAUCCUAGAAGUCUUCUUCCCUGUCAUUCUUCGAACUAUUCAAUACGUUCCAAUCCCACGUCUGGAGAUCUUGGCGCCUGAACUGGACCUUUUGUUGGAAAACUUCAUUCUAGAGCCAGGACACACUGUCAAUUAUUCAUCCUUUCUUCCAUACCGUCUACAUAUCACCACGCGGAACGACAUCGACGUCUUAAAGAGGCAUUCAAAGAGAACCACGGCGGAUCUCAAGACCACCUUCACUGCCACGGUCAUGGGGCUUAAUGUUAGUGCCUCUGAAUUUGGAUAUUGGCUUCGCACCCAUUCAGGUUUGUUCCGUUUCCACGAUGAGGGUAUUGCCAGCUUCUAUCUGGAUAAACGGGGGGUUGAUAUCUCCUUGGACAUAGAAGUGGGCCGCGAUCGCUUGGAGCAAAUCUUUACGCUUCGCGGUGUGCGUGUGGUAAUUCACAAGCUUGAUUACAAGGUGUAUCGAAGCAAGUGGAAGUAUCUUCUGUGGUUGACGAAGCCAUUCCUGAAACACAUGCUUCGUCGAGUUCUAGAGAAGAAGAUCGCCGAACAAAUCGUCGACGCUGCUUAUGCACUGAACCGAGAGUUGGUGUUUGCCAGGGAGCGCUUGCGAGCUGCGCGCAUUGCCAAUCCUCAAGACCUGGCGAGUUUUGUACGCGCGGUGCUGUCACGUUUGAAGCCUGCCUCAGAUGUUGAAACUCGUAUCGGCCUUGAUGCACCUGGCAAAGGUGUCUUCAAGGACGUCUAUGCCCCUGGCAGUCUCACAAAAGUUUGGCACGAGGAAGCAACUAGAGCCCAAGAGGCUAUUGAAGAAGGCGAUGAGAGUCGUGGUCUGAGAAGAACAUGGCGAAACGACAUAUUCGACGUCCCAAGACGUAGAUAAUGAUUCGAUGGAUAGUAUGCUUUUUGAUUUGUUUCGGGGUUAUUUCUCCUCUCUCCUCUACCGGCAUAUCUCCUCCUACUUUGCACAUUCUUUAGCGAGCCGUCCUCUGUUGCCAUGUUCAUGUACACGCUGAAUGACCUUAUUCGUCUCUUACUAUACGCAACAUAUAUGUCUAAUGAUUGCUACUGACUCCAGUCUAUCUUUUAUUGUUAUCUCAGAUGUCCACAUAUUACGGGCCCAUAAUGAAGUAGUCAAUAUCAGUACUAUCAGAUGUC